AUGUCUGUCCCGGCCUUCUCUGAUAUCGCCAAGGCGGCGAAUGAUCUCCUGAACAAGGACUUCUAUCACCUCUCCGCCGGCACCAUCGAGGUCAAGAGCAACACCCCCAACAAUGUCGCCUUUAAGGUCACUGGCAAGAGCAGCCAUGACAACGCCACCUCUGGUGCGAUUGAGGGCAAAUACACCGACAAGGCCAAUGGCCUGACCCUGACCCAGACCUGGAACACGGCUAACACUCUCGAGACCAAGAUCGAGAUGGCCGACAACCUGGCUAAGGGCCUCAAGGCUGAGGGUAUCUUCACCUUCCUGCCCUCGAGCCAGAGCCGUGGCGCCAAGUUCAACCUGCACUUCAAGCAGAGCAACUUCCACGGCCGUGCCUUCUUCGACCUCCUGAAGGGCCCCACUGCUAGCCUCGAUGCCGUUGUCGGCCACGAGGGCUUCCUUGCCGGCGCCUCAGCUGGCUACAACGUUCAGCAGGCCAAGAUCACCGGCUAUGCUGCUGCCAUCGGCUACCAGGCCCCAACCUACAGCGCUGCUAUCACUGCCACCGACAAUCUGAGUGUCUUCUCAGCCUCUUAUUACCACAAGGUCAACAGCCAGGUUGAGGCCGGCUCCAAGGCCACCUGGAACUCCAAGAGCGGCAACGCUGUCGGCCUCGAGGUCGCUGCCAAGUACCGCCUGGACCCUGUCUCUUUCGUUAAGGCCAAGAUCAACGACCGCGGUGUCGCUGCUGUCGCCUACAACGUCCUCCUCCGCGAGGGCGUCACUCUCGGCGUCGGCGCUUCCUUCGACACCCAGAAGCUCGACCAGGCCACCCACAAGGUCGGCACCAGCUUCACCUUCGAGUCGUAA